UCCAUUUGAAAAGUGCACAGAAGGGACGGGGGUCAGUCUGAUGUGUUUUAAACCUGUAAACACGCCACGUGAAAGUAGUUUCGUAGAAAAAUAGUGUCGUCUGAUGUCUGGUUAACGAGGUGACUACCCAUAGACCGGUAGAACCGCAAGAAAAUAUCGGAAUUAUGUAUUUUGGCUCAUAGCUGUUCCGGAGGAAAUCUCGCUUCCUGCAUUGCCUUCCUGUUUCCUGUAAUUUUCUCCGUGUUAAGCCGCUUCUGUUGCAGCUGGCUUUAUGCUCGGUCAAAAACUGAGUGUAGCUGCCUGUGUGAUACAGCGUUAGUGUGAAAAGUAUUGUAAGAUUGGGCGUCAGGUCAAGGGAGAAAAUGGGUCCUCGGCUGGAAGACUUCGAGAUCCUGGCGACGAUCGGCAGCGGGUCCCACGGCACCGUCAGGAAGGUGCGGCGGCGGCAGGAUGGCCAGAUCCUGGUGUGGAAGGAGCUCAACUACGGGGCCAUGAGCGAGGCCGAGAAGCAGGGUCUUGUCCUCGAGGUUAACCUGCUGAGGGAGUUGCGUCAUCCAUACAUCGUCAAGUUCCUACACCACGUGGUCGACAAGCGGUCCACUACGCUGUACAUCCUGAUGGAGCACUGCCCGGGGGGAGACCUCAAGCGACUCAUCUCCAAGUGCCGUCAGACCUCGACCUUCCUGGAGGAGGGAUUCAUCUGGAGGAUUCUCAAACAGGUGUGCGAUGCGCUCAAAGUCUGCCAUACCAGACACCUUCAGAAGGGCCGGGUGAUCCUCCACAGAGACAUCAAGCCGGCCAACGUCUUCCUCGAUGCCAACGGCGACGUUAAGCUCGGCGACUUUGGCCUGGCCAGAACGCUCAACUCGGAGGCCAGUUUCGCGACCACUUUUGUCGGGACGCCUUACUACAUGAGCCCGGAGGUUGUAAAUGGACAAGAAUACAAUGAGAUGUCUGACAUGUGGUCCCUGGGCUGUCUGAUCUACGAACUAUGUGCGCUGCAUCCUCCUUUCCAAGCAACGACACAUAAGCAACUUGCUGCUAAAAUCAGAGACGGAAGAUAUGAACGAAUUCCAAUUCAGUACAGCAAUGAUUUGCACGAAAUGAUCGGGCUCCUCUUAACCUACGAAGACUUCCUGCGCCCCCAUGCUAUCAUUGUCCUCCGCCACCCGUCCCUCAUCAAGCAUACGUCGAAAAAACACAACGAUUUUGAGGACGAGCCCCUUUGCCAUUCCCUGCGGACCUCUGUCCUCCUGGGGGCAAAAAAACAAAAGAAGGUCGAGGAGAACACCAACAAGGAUGGAAGUACCGACGACAGGAAGAAUGUAGUCGAGUCGUGCACAGGGAGGAACGAGGAAAGGGGAAGGAGCGCGGAGAGAAGCAUCGCCGACGGAGCCAGCGCCUCUAAUGACUGUAGCAACCAGAGCAGUGUGAAGGCUCGAGACAGGACAAGGGAGAGGAGCGGCCAAGGCGCCUUGAGUGAUAGGUAUGCCGUCUCACCCAUGGCGGAAACCUUUAACGUAGCGAGAGUGGACGCCGAUGGCGACUGUGAUAGUAGAAUUAAUACGGGCGUCCGGGCCUCUCAGGAGAAACAGCUAGUCAAUAAUGUUAAUGAAGGCCAGGCGAGCGCGUCAAGCAGCUCGCAAAUGCAUCAAAUCAAGAAUGGUUACCAGGGAAGCCAGCACAGAGAUCAAGGUCUUUGUGACAGUCUCGAGAAGAUAUGUCAGGCAGCAAAAGAAGCUUUCAGCAGACCUCUUCAGGAGGAUGACAGCACUUACGACCUCAACAUUGCGAAGCUGGAGUGUGCCUGCGGAGGCAUGUCGCCGCAGACGUGGCGAGAACGAGUUCAGGCGCUGCGGGAGUCCGAGGCGGCCGUGCGGGAACGCGAGGUUUCGGUUAAGGAGCGGGAACGCGAAGUGAGCCACCGCGAGCACCGCGUCGCUGCCAUGGAGAGGGAGGCGCGCCAGCACCUGGUUCGCGCUCAGAUCUACCUCCGGCAGUCGAGGCCGCGGCAGAACGCCGCCACCUCGCCCCAUCGGCCGCCGUCCGACCUGGACACGACCAUGAGCGCCGACCCGGGCGAUGUCCCCACCGCCACCACCACCAAGCUCGACCCCCAGCGCAUCGAGAACCCCUUCCUCAAGAUGCGCGGAGUGCAGCCACAGCCAGAGAAGCGCGUCACCUUUAAAGAGAAGUCUCCCAGGGUCAAGAGCAACACACUGGACAACCCCAGGAGUCGACGCAAGAGGGGAAACAUAUUCAGCCUGGCCGAUCGGGCUGGCUCGUCCGACAAGACAUGCGAAGUGACGGCCUCUGCUCGUCAGCCGUUGAAGGUCGUGGCCGCAGCGGAAAAGAAUGCAGACUCGCAGCAGGAAAGCCACUUGAUAAGUCCUCCUGAACAUGAGAGACAAACGCAGGCUUCUCAGCCCGCAGCGCAGCCAACUGCCAAAGGUGUAGGUGUAUUUUCCUCGCUUAACAAAGGUCCGCACGGGCUGCGAGAGCGUCCGCGAAGCACCGAAAACCUCAGCAGAAAACCCGCAGAGAUAACAGGAGAUAAGGAGAAUAAAGUAACAUCUGGGGCGAAGCCGAAGAAGGUCCCUGAGAUGAAACAGGGGCUGUGGAACUGGAGGGCGAGGAACAAGGGCGCAACGCAGCCAAGCCGCCGCGAGCAGAACACUGGGCAGAAUCGGGUGCUGCAGUUCUACAAUGUGGUGUGAUGCGACUG